AGCUGCCUCCGGAACAACACAAGGAACAAGGAGCUCCUCAUAGUCCUGGGAGGAUGGUGGCAGUCGACUCGGAAGCGUCCCUACAGUCUUUGGACCCACUCGUUGAUGACUUCGCCCACACCACCACCCACUCCACCCACACCACCGCCCACAUCACCCGCCACACCACCGCCCACAUCACCACCUACACCACCGGGCCCGACACUCUCAUGAACCCUGCUAUGGUGUUGUUUUCACUGGCUAUCAACUUUGUGUGUCUGGUGCUCAUGUACCGUCUCUGUAAUGUUCACAAAGGUGUCAGAAAGGAGGAACAGCGUAACACAGCAGUCAACAGUGCUCGGGGUCAGGCUGGGCCCCGGGAAAUACCAGCACGACCUGGGGAGUGGGUGAGACCAUUGAAUAACAUGGAGUGGUUGUUCUGGGUGGCCGCACUGCUAGACACAGGUAACACGGCUCAGGUACUGUGGCUGUCCUCGUCACGACCCAUCCCACCUGAAGACGUCAAGGAGGCUCUCUCUGUCGUCGCUCAGAAGCUUCACGCGCUGCAGCUGUGUGUGGUGUGGCGGUGGUGUCGUCCGUGGUUCAGACUGAGGAAGAAUGUUACUGUUGACUUCGACGUUGUUGACACUGAUGACGUCAUGACCGUGUGCUACCAGCAGAUGCGAGCUUCGUACAACCUGCCUCGAGGACCACUGUGGAGGGCGAGAAUUGUGCCUCAGCCGCAGCCAGCACCUGACCGCUACGAGGCCGUUCUGGUGCUCACUCUCCAUCACGUCAUCACGGAUGGGCUCACCAACAUGGUCCUCUCUCGGGACGUUCUGGAGGUGCUCAACGCCAUCAUGAGCGGCAGGAGCCACAACACGCCAGUACGUCGCGUCAUCCCCAACAUCUAUAAGGAGCUGGCCGGUCCUUAUCACUAUCUCAACUGCUUCAGGUUGAUCCUCUUCGCAGCUUACCGAGUGUUAGUCAAUAUCGUCAGCGAGAAGAACUUUAAUGUUAUUUUUACUCAUCCAAGAACAAAGUUAGCCGUGACAAAGAUUCAUCGUGAAGACUUCCCGGCAGAAACAACACGACAGUUGUUACGUCAGUGUAAGGAAAAUAAGGCAAGCGUUCACUCGUGUGUCAUGGCCGCCGCCUCACUCGCUCUAUUCCGUAUCGCCCAGAAACAAUCACAAGAAAACCUUGACUCACUGAAGCUAGUGACCGACACCCCAGUAAACUUACGUCGUUAUUACGGCAGCGAGUAUGCGGAGUCUCUAGGUUCUGUCUCCUCCUUGGUGAAGCAAGUCCACCUCCUUAGCGACGCCCACACCAAGGAAAAUUUCUGGGCGUUAGCGAGACGUAUGUACGCAGACCUCCACCACGCCCUUGACGUUGACAAAACUCCCAUCUCGAGCUCUCUGAUCGCCUGGACAAUGGCGGCUUUACAACCCAUCAAUUACCUUCUCACUCAUAUGGGAUACAGAAACCUAAUCCACGACCACUUGAUGAUCACCAACAUGGGCAACCUGCGCCACCUCCUGCCUGGCAAGUAUGACGGCCCCGUAGAGAUCACCAGCUUACUGCGCUCCACAGCCUCCGAGCUGGUAGGCUGCCCCUUACUGCUCGUCCUCCAGACUUUUGAAGGUAGACUGUUGUUGUCCCUCGACUACUACACCAACAACAGCACAGAGGAGGUCGCCUGGACAUUUUUCUCAUACCUCACACAAUACAUUAAAGAUAUAGCUCACAAUGGCACCAUCACUGGAACACCUGUAGCAACACCUGUAAGUCCGCUAACACCACCUGCAUCACCUGUAAUAACACUUGUAGCAACACCUGUGACACCUGAUCAGGAUAAAAUAGAUGAUGCUAAAAAUAAGGAGGUAAAUAUAUAAUACCCAAGACACAUACACACACACACACACACACACACACACACACACACACACACAUACACUCUAUGGUGCGACAGUCACUAAAUACGACGAGUAAGUGGAAGAUUUUCUUACUAUCAUCAAUCUUCAUCAUUAAAACAAUCAGGUGUUAUCAUCUUUACAGUGUUAGAGUAAGUAGUGUAAUAAAGUACAUAUAAUUAUAAUGUUUUGUUUCUUAUUUUCUUUGGAGUGUUUCCUUCAAUACAGACUAACAGCAAUUCCAUCGUCAACACACCUGUAAACUCACAACAACAUCGUCCACACACCUGUAAACUCACAACAACAUCGUCCACACACUUGUAAACUCACAACAACAUCGUCCACACACCUGUACACUCACAACAACAUCGUCCACACAACUGUAAACUCACAACAACAUCGUCCACACACCUGUAAACUCACAACAACAUCGUCCACACACCUGUAAACUCACAACAACAUCGUCCACACACCUGUAAACUCACAACAACAUCGUCCACACACCUGUAAACAACCUGACAAAUAAAGAUAAUUAACAGAAAAUGGGAUGGUUCGUUAAUAUCAGCAAGGCAAUAAAUACCUGAAUUCUGAUUGGUUACCAUGACAUUAGUUCGUCAGUAACGCUCGCCUAUCGGAGAA